GACGGUCACGAGACAAAGGCGCGAAGGCGACGACGACGAAGAAGAAGAAGAAGAAGGCUGACUAAGUUGCACAAAAACGUCCUAAAAUGUUGAAAUAUUUGGUCCAGCAGCGACUUAUGGCGGCGGCCGACGACAUAUUCGCGCUCUUCGAAAGAACCAUGGCGUCGUACGAGGAGGAACUUUCUAGAACCAGAGAAGAGAAGGAGCGACAUCGACAACAACUGGAAGAUGUUUACCUGAGGAGGCUUCACGUCACAGAACUUGAAGAACGACCCCCUCACCUGCAGGGGGGCCACUCCACUUUGCAGCAGGAGGAGGAUCCACAGCCCCCCCGCGUCAAAGAGGAGGAGCAGGAACACCGUAUCAAUUUGGCAGGAGAGCGUCUUCUGGGGCCGGAGGAGGCGGAUCUGACUGUUGUGUCCGUGAAGACCGAGGACGAGCCGCAAGGAGACAGCUUCCCAGUUUCACUCUCAGACAGCGAGGCUGAAGACAAGGACGGCGCCCAAGAACCUUUGAGCAAGGACACAGACCGCGAAGGCGAUGCGGGAACUCAAACUGGCGACAAAUGCUCGGAGCAGGAGACGGGAAAAGAGCGUUUUACCUGCCCGGUUUGUGCCAGAAGCUACUCUUUUAGGAGCGCUUUCACGCAACACAUGCGCACGCACACCGGCGAAAAACCUUUCAUCUGUUCAGUCUGCGGCGACACGUUUGCUCAGAAGUGCAAUUUGACGCGGCACGCGAGAACGCACACGGGGGAAAAACCCUUCAGUUGUUCAGUAUGCGGCAAGGAGUACGCAGACAGGCCGAUUUUGGCGUCGCACAUGAGAACGCACACGGGCGAGAAACCCUUUAUUUGCUCGGUCUGCGGCGAUACUUUCGCCCAGAGGUGCAAUUUGACCCGGCACAUGAGGACGCACACCGGAGACAAGCCCUACCGCUGUUCCGUCUGUGGCGCGACGUUCGCACAAAAGGUCUCUUUAAACGUCCACACGCUGACGCACACGGGAGAAAAGGACUUCGGCUGCUCCGUCUGCGGCAAAAGAUUCUCCCGGAAAGACUACGUGAUCCUGCACAUGAGGACGCACACGGGCGAGAAACCCUUCGGUUGCCCGAUGUGCGGGAAGAGGUUCUCCCGCAAGAUGUUCAUGGUGUCGCACAUGAAAACGCACACCGGGGAAAAACCUUUCAGCUGCUCGGUUUGCGACAAGAGAUUCGCCCGGAAGGUGUUCAUGGUGGAGCACAUGAAAACGCACACGGGGGAAAAACCUUUUAGUUGCCCAGUCUGCGGGAAGAGCUGUUCUCAAAAGGGUAACCUGGCCCGACACAUGAGGACACACACAGGAGAAAACUCCUAUAGUUGUUAAUGUUUGUGGUAAGUGCUUUUACCAAUACCACAAUUAAUGCGGGUAUUUAGUUUACCCUCGAUAAUUGCAAGACAAAAAAACCAACAAAAAUCAUAAUUAGUGCUGGUGAAAAGACUGAUUGAUGGCAGUAGCUGCAUGAAAGGUUUCAUGUGUCGUGGGUUUUAUCCAGCAUGUUUCAGUUCAACUUUACAGUUGGUCGAAGUUACAUAUUUCAUUUUUCUUUACAAUGUGUCCAAAAAGGAGUAGGAAGAAGCAGAGCUUAUCUACCGUAUUUUCCGCACCAUAAGGCGCCCUGGGUUAAAAGCCGCGCCUUCAAUGAACGGCAUAUUUCAAAACUUUGUCCACCUAUAAGCCGCCCGGUGUUGUAAGCCGCAUCUAACUGCGCCAAAGGAAUGUCAAAAAAACAGUCAGAUAGGUCAGUCAAACUUUAAUAAUAUAUUAAAAACCAGCGUUCUAACAACUCUGUUCACUCCCAAAAUGUACGCAAAUGUGCAAUCACAAACAUACGUAUAUCAACAUGGACAGAGCUGCGUGAAAAAAGCCACCCGGCCUCUUCGCGUAAACUUAAACUUCCCUU